AAUCCACAUUGCCCAGCAGCGAAGAGGGCAGAGCUUGUCGCUCUGUUUUUUGGACGCUUGAAGACCCACUCAGUUUUAAGGACGACUUCAUCCGUCCGGCCACAUCACGAUGGUGUCGAUGUUUCUCAUCGUGCUUCUCGUCCUGGGUACCCAUGGCGCGAUAAAUGAAAGUGAGAGAUUGUCCGGAGAGUGGCUUGGGAACACCACUAGUGAUAGGCUUCUUCCAGAGCGACAGAACACCACUGCAGAUGAGCUGCUUGGACUCCGCCACCAACUGGACGAGGAAAACUUUGUCACAGAAGACGACGAGAGUUUUCAGGAAGCGGAAGACUCGGUGGUGGGGGCCGGAGGCGGGGGUUGUCGGGAGGCCGAGUUGGCAGAGUUCAGCGUGGUGCUUUGCGCCGCCGAAUUCGAGCGGCAAGUUGAUCUGGUGCCGGCGGAGGAGCGCUGCCUGCUCCGCAACGUUAUUGGGGCGUAUGACAAGCUGACCGUGUGCCUGGAGAGCUUGUCCCACUGGUGCGGCUGCUUCUACCCCAACCCCUCCACGCAAGCCGCCUUCCUGCGCGUCCACUCUGCGUUUUUCGCCCGCUGCCCCCGCGCCGACGGUGGGGAGGAGGAGCGCCACCUGCGGGACGCGCCGCGGGAGGUGGCGGUGGGCCUGACCUUGGCGCCGGUCGCCCUUGUGCCGUUCCUCGUCUACCUGGUCGGCUGGAGGAGCGGCGCCGGGGAGCCCGGCUCGAGACAGUGAUGUUGUUGGGUCUAAAACUCAUUCUUUAACUUAGUUAUUUACCCAAGGCAAGCUGACAAAAGGCAGGGCACGAAGUGAGGCAGAGUCAGAGAGUUGACGUUUUUCAAUUUGCAGGUUGGGAGAGCCAGGAGACGUCUCUCUUCGAGCUCCCCCGCGCUGCUAACUUUUAUUGAGGGCUUGUUGCUGGGCAGAAUAUAGUUACAACACUGUUGUCCAACGUGGCAGUUUCGAUCGGGCAAGUCCCUUAUUCUAGUCAUUGAUUUAACAGUCACAGUCUUCAUUGAAAUAACAGUCGCACUCUUGAUUAAAUUAACAGUCACACUCUUGAGCGGGCAAGAUAUCUUUGUUUGGAACACACAUUUGCACUCAAAGUACUGUAGCUUUGUGGAAAAGUACUGAGAUGUUGUGUGAUGAAUCAACAUAUGUGUGUGUAUCUAUUUAUCAGCAGAAUGUGAGCAAUUGCCAGUAAUAAAAAUGUAAGCACAUGAUUAUGGGCUAAAACUGUAUUCUUCAUAAUAGCUUGGGAGUGCGCGUAUAAUAGCUGUGGGAGAGCAAACUGGCAUAAUAUAUUUGGCAUACAAAAAUGAGCUUAUCUUACAGAUGUCAACAGAUAAAAAGAUCACACGGGGUUGGCUUGCCUUUUUAUUUGGACAAAACAUUCUGAUUUCGCCGCAGGUUUUGAGCCAUGUUUUUUUUAUUCGGCAAUUUACUUCCUAAACAGUGAUGAUAGACUCGUGUGGUGCCCAAUCUAUCCUUCUGCUGUGAAUUUCAACGAGUUGAUCUCUAUCAGUGUUGUGAAAGUUCAUUUUCUACAUGAACAUGUUGAAAUUGCAGUUCACAAAAUUUUAAAAUGUAAAACAGUUAAAACAGUUCAUAAUUAAAAAUAUUUAAUAAAGUUCAUAGGUCAUAAAAAUUAAGAUUUUUUGUCGUUUUUUAUUUUUACUUUUGUACUUCUACUAUGAACAGUUACUCGGUAGCUACUUGAGUAUUCCAUUUCAUAAGAUAUUUUUUACCAAUUUUUUUUUGGGAUGACUACUGAAGUCAGUAUGCAUCUUGCCUAAGGCAAUCUUCUGAUAUGCUUUGCAUUUGUCUAUGAUAUUACUAUAAGAAGUACGCCUUUGCCUAACAUUGUGUACUUUUUUUCUAUUAAAGAAAAAAAGUAACAGAUCAACCUAUAAUAGAGUAUAACUUUAAUUAUGAUUGUUAUUACUAUUAUUUAAAUAUUAUUAAUUAUUAUUAUUGUUUAGUUUGUAACAGAAAAGACUUAAUGCGCAUCAAUUUGCCUGAAUUUUUAAAAAAAGUCACAUCCAAUUUCCAAACUGUAAAAAUACACUCAAGGUACAUUUUUGACUAUUUGAUACUGAAAAAUAAAAUUUAAUAAAAUCAGUAAAUAAUUACAAAUUCAAAUUGAUUAGAAACAUUUACUCAUGAGGACAAUAUGCCAAAAAAUUUGACCGAAAAAACAAAACUGAAUAGAAGGAAAAAAAGAGCGUCUUUGGACAGAAGGAGUUUUUAUUUUCGCUGCUCACAGUAUCAACUCUUUUGCAAUGGUGUGGGGUUAUUUUUCACAGAGUAUGCUAACAGUGCUCACUGGUUUACCAAUAUAACACUGACAAAGCGGGACGAUUGUUGGCAAUUUUCGGCACUUUCUCGCUGAAAAACAAUCAAGCAGCUUAUCAAUGAGAUUGGGGUCUAAUGUCUUUAAGUGGCGUCUUUAUUGAUUUGGCUUCCGGCCUUUUACUAUAAUCAUUUUUAGACGCAGGAAACAGUGGUCUUUCCUCAUCUCCCACUGUAUUAAAAGUCAAAGGCAAACGGCCCGAAAAAAGCGCAUUCUCAGCGGCCGAGGGAGAACCGUAGGUGAGAGCGGUCGUCGUGACGAUCACAAGCCGAAAAUGGCCCUUCUCGGGCGGACGCGUGAGAACCGGAGAAGACAGUGGGCCGCUGCGUGAGUCCGACCAGAAAAUGGCUUUUGAAAACUGCGCACAGCUCUUUUUAUCUCUUUUCUGUGUGCUCUUGCUUAGUUCAAAAAUACUGCGCGCACUCUGAAAAAGAGAGCGCCACUGCCACCCACUGAGUGGAUGUGCAAGUACACUUGCUACACUGUUCUAGUACAGGUCAAAAAAAAAAAAAAAAACAGUGCGCCCCACUAUUUGAGAAGUACUGACGUAAAUAGAGUUUUCUUUCACAGAAACUGCUGAUAGUUAGUUUUGCCUCAGAAAAUCAUGGACUUUUAACUGCCAAAGCAGCAAGGUUAAAGGCUCAUGACCUAUUUUGCAAGCUCUGCAAGGAGAGGUAAUCACCAAAUGUUCCAGACACACUUCCUUAUCUGUAUAUAUGGAAGGCUGAGCCCUCUGAUUAGUGUGCAUUUCUCUACACGGCUUGUUCUGGAACUAAAUGCACUCA